AUGAAAUCAAGAAGUGCCAUCAUCUAUGCGGAUCGUCUAUCUAAUAGUUCAAGUACAACCAAAUGUAAUAUAAUGGAUAGUGAUCAACUAGAAGUUCGUCGUGAACGUGCCUUCAAAUGUAUUAUAUCCAUUGCAAGUACUCUAAGUAUUUCCAGUUUACUGACACUGUGUCUUGUUGCACCAUCUGCCUAUAAUUUUGUGGACAAUAUGGGAACAUUCACGAAGCAGGAUUUCACCUUUUGCGAUGCUGCAACACAUGAGCUGGAGGAAGAACUAUCAAAAAUACAAAGAGUGAAUCCAAAUCGAACAAGAAGAGAUGUAUCACACUAUAGUGGCUUCAAUCCAACAAUGCUUUUAACAGAACAUAUCGCCUUUCAAGAAUGUCCUGCAUGCUGUAUACCUGGUGAACGAGGAGAACCAGGUGAUGCCGGUCUUCCAGGACUUCCAGGAAGUCCUGGUCCAGAUGGUGCACCUGGUAGGCCCGGUGUUACACCGAAUGCUUCUUGUAUUCCAGAAAGAAUAUUCGAACCACCGCCAUGUCUUCCAUGUCCCCAAGGUCCACGUGGUGUACCUGGUCAUCCUGGAUUUCCAGGUGAUCCAGGAGAUCCUGGUAUACCUGGAAAACCCGGUGCUGAUGGAUUGCGUGGUAAGCCUGGUGAAGAUGGACCACCAGGUCCACCUGGUCCAAUAGGUCCCGCUGGACCACCCGGUGAGAAAGGUCCUACUCCGCAUGCGCAUGUUAUUCCUGGUCCUCCAGGUGAUCCAGGUGAUCCGGGAUCAUGGGGACCACCCGGGCAUCCAGGAUCAAACGGCGAAAAUGGCUAUACUGGACCACCAGGUGAAAAGGGUUGGCCAGGACCACCAGGACCUCCUGGUGCAAUUGGACCGCCUGGUGCACCGGGACCUAGAGGAGAGCAAGGGCCAUCAGGAACUCCUGGAACAUGUGUAUGUCAGGAUACAGAAGUAGUUAUAGACGAUAUGUCUCGUCGACAACCGGAUGCAAAAAAAACGGGGUAUGACAAGGAGGAAGGUGAUGAAAAAUACGAAGAAACAGGAGAGAGCAACGGUGGAAAUGUUUAUGAGGAGUCUGACUAUUUGGAACAGCUAAAAGAAACUUCGCAAUCUAAUACCAUGGAAAAAUCGAAAGAACCGAAUUCACUGUACACGACUGACGAGAAAGCAAGAGAAGGAAAUAAAGGGCCGAAACAUGAGGUGGAGCCGAGCGCGCUAUAUGAUAUAUCACAACAACGAGGUUCAAAUACACAAAAGCUGGAUAGUGGUAUGGUUCCUCAAGAAAUUGGUUAUCACCACUGA